AGCCCCGGUAAGUGGGGGAGCCGAGGCUAUUGGCCCGUGCCCCUCUCUUUUCGGCGGGCACUUGGAGCCGAGCAGGCCAGAAUGGCAGGCAAGUGAGACGCUGGAGCUGAGGAGGCACCAUGGCAGUGUUUCUGGAGGCCAAGAAUGCCCACUCGGUCCUGAAACGGUUCCCUCGUGCCAAUGAGUUCCUGGAGGAGCUGCGCCAGGGCACCAUCGAGCGCGAGUGCAUGGAAGAGAUCUGCAGCUACGAGGAGGUCAAGGAGGUGUUCGAGAACAAAGAGAAAACGAUGGAGUUCUGGAAGGGGUACCCAAAUGCAGUGUACUCAGUCCGAGACCCCUCGCAGAGCUCCGACGCUAUGUAUGUGGUGGUGCCCCUUCUGGGGGUGGCAUUGCUGAUUGUCAUCGCCUUGUUCAUCAUCUGGAGGUGCCAGCUGCAGAAAGCAACCCGUCAUCACCCCUCCUACGCUCAGAACCGGUACCUAGCCAGUCGCACCGGGCACAGCCUCCCCCGGGUCAUGGUGUACCGGGGCACCAUGCAUAGCCAGGGAGAGUCCUCUGGGCACCGUGAGGCAGGGGUUACCCCCCAAGUGGUGCUGGGGCCCAGUCGGGGGGGCAGAACCACGGUGCGACUUGAGAGUACCCUCUACCUCCCCGAGCUCUCUCUUUCCAGACUGUCCAGUGCCACCCCUCCCCCCUCUUAUGAGGAGGUGACUGCGCCCCAGGAGAGUAGCAGUGAGGAGGCGAGUGUCUCUUACAGUGACCCACCCCCAAAGUAUGAGGAGAUAGUGGCCGCCAACCCCGACUCCAACAAGUAGUGGGAGGCGUGUCCUGUCCCGUGUGAACGCCUCUUUCAGAGGCCUCCUAUUUUCUGUUUAACUUUUUAAAGACUGUGCCACCACAAAACAGCCUUAGCCUCCUUG